AUGAUGAAUCAUGAACUGCAGGAAGGAUGCAGUGAAGGAUGCAGUGUGUGUGUAGUGUGUGUGUGUGCGCGCGCGCACACGCACAGCCAAGAAACAUUCGACGCCGAUGAAGCAUCGUCCUCAUCAUCAUCACCGCAGCCCAUAAAAGCAAUGAAAAGAAAAAAAACAAUAGGGUUCUUACCUGCCAGCGGCGCCGAGUCAGCGUCGAUGCUCGUGCACGCCAGGAGGAGAAUGACGGGCAAGUGUCACGUGACAGCCUCCUCCAGAGGAAAGGAGGAGGAAGAUGCUGUGACGUCAUGAUUUUAUUUUGUGUUCUUUCAUCGUCUGUGAGUGCUCCUCAGUCCAAGUGAUACAUUCCUGUCAGCUUGAUGGACAAGAGACAGUAAAAGCAAUAAAAACAAGGCUUCAAAUGAAUGCAUGUAGAAAUUCCACCUGGUUCAUGAACAGAAUAUAUAUUAUAUAUGUACAAUAUUCUCACAGUAAGUUAAAGACGAAAAGUAAAUCUACAAUGUUUUGUCUUGAUUAAAAUCGUUCCUGUAACAUUUCGACUGGGAAGCACGAGCAGUUCAGGCAGGCAAUGUGCUACUAUGCAGUCCAUCUUCGCAGAAUAGACGAUCUUCGGUCAACAAAGAUGGCGUCGAGCAAUGGCCUCACGUCGCUGGUAAGAAGACAAGCAUCAAACUUUGCCGUUUUGUCGUCGCGCUCGCCGCCUUUGCAGUCGUCAUCUUGUCAGUCAUUGCGGAGUCUGCGAGAAAUAAAAUGAGGAAAGCAGAAGCGGUGAUGGAGUUUGACGUUUUGUAGACGACGACGUUUGUGUUCAUGCACCAAACUUACGUUUUGGCUUCUCAGGGGCCUGACGGAGCCUCGGCCGCUGCGCAUGCGUUGUCUCUUCCUGCAGAGGCUUACGGGAAUGACGAGCGUCUGGAGGUGAUGUGGGCCAUGAAGGCCUACAACCACGCUGAGGUUUACUUCAACCUCAUUUCUUCGGUGGAUCCGAAGUUCCUGAAGCUGACAAAGCUGGACGAUGAAAUCUACUCAUCCUUCAAGGAAGCCUUUGAGGAUCUCCAGGUGAAGCUGCUGAAUCCUGAUGACCUCAAGUCGUCUGAGGCCAAAGAGAGGUGGCGCCCUUUCUGUAACCGGUACGAAGACCUGGUGGAGGAUUUCAACUACGGGACUUUGCUGCGCUUGGACUGCGAGAAGGGCUACACAGAGGAGAACACCAUCUUUGCCACCAGAAUCCAGUUUUUUGCCAUCGAAAUUGCCAGAAACCGAGAAGGCUUCAACGACGUGGUGUUCUCGUCCAGGUCGUCCAAGAGUUAGCAGGAAGCAUCGCGCCGAACACCGGAUCAACGCUUCCCUCUUUUGCACGUUUGGAGACUCAAGGACGAAAUAAGAAUAAAUCUCUUGUUUGCUACA